AUGAUCGCUCUCGGCCUGGAAGGCUCCGCCAACAAACUGGGCGUGGGCAUCAUCCUGCACUCCAAGGAUAAACGCAACCCAGUCCAAAUCCUGUCGAACAUUCGGCAUACUUAUCAUGCUCCGCCCGGCGCAGGGUUCCUGCCCAAGGACACGGCCUUACACCAUCGCAGCCACGUCGUGUCCUUGGUCUCCAGCGCACUGCGCGAGACGAACCUCACCCCGGCUGACAUUGACUGCAUAUGCUACACCAAAGGGCCAGGCAUGGGUGCUCCGUUGCAGUCCGUUGCGCUGGCCGCGCGCACGUUAUCGCUGCUCUGGAACAAGCCGCUGGUAGGAGUGAACCACUGUAUCGGGCACAUCGAAAUGGGUCGGUCGAUCACGGGCGCCACGAAUCCGGUCGUCCUUUACGUGUCCGGCGGCAACACUCAGGUCAUAGCCUACACGUCGAACCGGUACCGCAUAUUUGGCGAAACAUUGGAUAUUGCGGUGGGGAACUGUUUGGACCGGUUUGCGCGCACCUUGAAUAUCCCCAAUGACCCAGCACCGGGGUACAACAUCGAGCAACUCGCUAAAUCGGGCAAAGUGUUGGUCGAUUUGCCUUACGCAGUCAAGGGCAUGGAUUGCUCCUUCUCCGGAAUUUUAGCACGUGUCGACGAACUCGCCGCCCAGAUGAAGAGCGGCAGCCUGAAGGAUCCAAGCACCGGAAACAUAGUCACGGCAGAAGAUCUCUGCUUCUCGCUCCAAGAGACUGUCUUCGCCAUGCUCGUUGAGAUCACGGAGCGUGCCAUGGCACACGUCGGCUCACACCAGGUUCUCAUCGUUGGAGGGGUGGGAUGCAAUGAACAUCUUCAAGACAUGAUGGGGAUCAUGGCGAGGAGUAGAGGAGGAGACGUAUAUGCGACGGACGAACGAUUUUGCAUUGACAAUGGGAUUAUGAUUGCGCAUGCGGGACUACUCGCAUAUCAAACUGGUUUUACCACCGUGCUGGAGGAUAGCACCUGCACGCAACGAUUUCGAACUGACGAUGUGUUUGUCGCAUGGAGGAAUGAUUGA